AUGUUGUUUUUAUUGUUCUUAUUAAUUACUCCCAUUUACGCUGGUCUUAUUUUCCUAACCAAACCAUCCAACGAUCCCUUCUAUAAUCCUCCUAAAGGUUUUGAAAAGGCUGCUGUUGGUGAUAUUUUGCAAUCCAGGGAAACCCCAAAGUCUAUAACUGGUAGAUUUGCUCCCCUCGAGAUCCAAAACUCAUGGCAACUUUUAGUUAGAUCCGAAGAUUCAUUCGGUAAUCCAAAUGCUAUUGUCACUACUGUUAUUCAACCAUUUAAUGCUGACCCUUCCAAAGUUGCUUCUUAUCAAGUAUUUGAGGAUUCUGCUAAAGGUGAUUGUGCUCCUUCCUAUGCUCUUCAAUUUGGUUCUGAUUUAAGUACUUUGGCUACCCAAGCUGAAACAUUCUUGUUAGCACCGUUGUUGGAACAGGGGUAUUAUGUUGUGUCUCCUGAUUAUGAAGGACCUAAACUGACAUUCACUAUUGGUAAACAAUCAGGUCAAGCUGUGCUAAACUCUAUUCGUGCAGCAUUAAAAUCUGGUAAAAUCACCAACAUUAAAGACGAUGCUAAAGUUGUCAUGUGGGGAUAUUCUGGUGGGUCAUUAGCCUCUGGAUGGGCAGCUGCUUUACAACCAAGCUACGCACCUGAAUUAGGUGGUAACUUAUUGGGUGCUGCCUUAGGUGGAUUUGUUACCAACAUUACUGCUACCGCACAAGCAGCUGAUGGUACUGUAUUUGCAGGAAUUGUGGCAAAUGCCUUGGGUGGUGUUGCUAAUGAGUAUCCGGAAUUCAAAUCAAUUUUGCAGAGUGAUACAGACAAAAAAUCAGUGUUUGAUGAAUUUGAUAGUCAUUGUUUAGCUGAUGGUGUGAUCGAUUAUAUCAAUACUCUGUUCUUAACUGGUGACAAUAAGAUUUUCAAAACUGGUUGGGAUAUUUUGAAAAGCUCAACAAUUGCUAAAAUCGUUAAAGAUAAUGGAUUAGUUUAUCAAAAACAAUUAGUACCAAAAAUCCCUAUAUUUGUUUAUCAUGGUUCAAUUGAUCAAAUUGUCCCUAUUGUUAAUGUUAAAAAAACUUAUCAAAAUUGGUGCGAAGGUGGUAUUUCAUCUUUGGAAUUUGCUGAAGAUGGUACUAAUGGUCAUCUUACUGAAACCGUUGUGGGUGCUCCUGCUGCCUUGACUUGGAUCAUUGAUAGAUUUAAUGGUAAACAAACUGUUUCUGGUUGUCAACAUGAUAAAAGAUUAAGUAACUUUCAAUAUCCAAAUAUUUCUUCUUCAAUUCUUAAGUAUUUCAAAGUUGCUUUGGACACCAUGAUGCUGAAUGGUCUUGGUUCUGAUAUUCAAAAAGAUAAAAUUACCCCAGACGACCUUAGAAAGUUUUUAUUAGGAGGCUGGUAA